CCCUUUAAAAUGUCACUCUGAUAUUCUCUGCUUAUUAAUUUCUAUUUCCUGUUUUAUGAAAUAAUCAGCGUAUAAAAAUUUACAUUGUUUCUAUAUGUUAAUAACAAAUAAAAAAUGUCGAAUUCGGAGGUGGUUAAACGUAACGUAAAAUCCCAAAAAAAGUCCACAGAUGAAUCUCCAGCUCCGAAAUACGGCCCUUUACCCAAAGUAAACGGACAUAGAAUUUGGAGUAGGAGUGUUUUAAUAUUAGGUAUUCUUUUGUAUGUUUGGUAUACUUCGAAAGAUACCAAUUAUAAAAUACUAGCCAAACAAGCUGAGGUUUAUGAACAGAGACAUCAAACUGUGGACUGUGAUACUAGCUAUCUUAAUGAGAUUAAAAACUUUAAGGGAUGUUAUCCUAAGAAAUGUGGUAGAUAUGUAUCUGACAAUAUUGUCAGGCCAAACGAAGCAGAAACCCUGCUACAUUUAGCACAAAAAGUUAUGAUUCUUGGUGGAUCAAAUGGUGGAGCAACAAUUUUAGACUUACAUUCCGGUGCAUUGUCGCACGGCGACAAAUUUAUAAACGUAUAUUCCUUCGAAAAAUCCAAGCAAAUUCUUACUUCCGAAGAUUUAGCAGUAUAUAAAACGGUGAGAAGUAACAUUCAAAAUGCAGUCGCAAAUUACUUUGGCCUACAACCAGAUAGUUUGUAUCUGACACACCCAACUUUUUUCUCACGGUUAAAUAACAAGGAUGCGAAAACAGUUCAUGACGAAUACUGGCAUGAACAUGUUGAUAAGGAAACAUAUGAAUCUUUUCAUUACACUACGUUGGUGUAUUUAAAUGACUACAACGUCGAUUUCAAAGGUGGUAGAUUUAUUUUUGUUGAUCCUGACAAGAAACAGAACGUCACUGUUGAACCAAGGAGAGGAAGAGUGUCUAUGUUUACAUCUGGAGCUGAAAAUCCACACUUCGUUGAAAGAGUCACCGUCGGUACUAGGUUUGCCAUAACUGUUUCAUUUACUUGUGAUAAAUCCAAGGCAAUAAAUGAUCCAGUCUUACAAAAUAAGUAGUUAAUUUAUUUGAUGUAUGUGCAUUGAAAAUAAAAGAGUGUCUGUUA